AUGGCUCAAUCUAAAGAUAAUCCUCCUAUUGUUCCAAAGGGUUGGAAAGCGAUUUUUGACGAUGAAUACUCAACAUGGUUUUAUGUUGAUUUGUCAUCUGAAAAAUCACAAUGGGAGGCACCAAAAGGUACUACUUGGUCGAAUUCUCGUCCAGAUGGGCCGCCUCCUUACUCCAGUAAAGACAACACAAAUAAUAAUCAAUCUAGAGAUCAAAAGAAUAGUUCUAACAGGCAAUCCCAGCAGCAACCCCAGCAGCAACGCGUAUAUCAACAGCAACAGCCAAUGUAUCAACAGCAGCCCGUUUAUCAGCAGCAGCCGGUUUAUCAGCAGCAGCCCAUUUAUCAACAGCCUGUAUACCAACAACCUGUUUAUCAACAACAACCUCAGAGGCAGUCUAACCAUGGUACCAGAAAUGGUUUCUUAGGUGCAGGUGCAGGUCUACUUGGUGGUUUAUUACUUGCAGAUGCGUUAGAAUCACAUCAUGGUGGUGAGACGGUCGUUGAAAAUAACUACUAUGGUGAUGAUGGCGGCUACGAUGGUGGCUACGAUGGCGGUUUUGACGGUGGUUUUGAUGGUGGUUUCUGA